UAAGAAUAUCAAGCUGGAGGUGCCACCAGAUGACAUGACCACCACUUUGCGGGAUGCAGUUGCGAGAAGGGUUCAGUGGCGGAGAGCUGGUAUUCAUAUUGAUCCAGCAGAUGCAGAUUCAGUACCGACCAGUCAACCUCAGCCACAGAGUGCUGCAGUGCCACCGACGUUUUCUGAGCCAUGCCCACAGCUGCCGGAUACACGGGAAUCGUUAUCGGAACCGCAUCCUCCUGUCCCUACUCAGCCUCAGGUUACCCCCCCUCCACCUGUUCCGACAGAGCCAGCUACCGCUCCCAAGAAGCCAAGCAAGGCUAAUCCUGUGAGGAAGAAGCAGAGUAGGCCGAUGGCGACGAAGCGGGAGAUCUCAGAGGGUAAGAAAAAGGUGGAGCGGAUAAAACAACCGGUCACAAGGGCUUACACUUCUGAGAAUCCAAAGUACAGGGUUGGAAAGGCCUUGCUUAGUGUCUCUGAGCUUCGGGCAGCAGGUCCAUAUUGUAUGGACCUGCACAAGUACUACAUGCAAAAUGUCAAUCAAGCCGAGGAAAUCAUGGUGUCAUACGAAGAGCGGCACUUUCUGCAGCUUGAGGGCAACAGCAACAUCUUUAUUGUUGCCUGGAGCGAUUUGUUCGACCUUUUCAACCUCGACGCUUUGGAUCUUUCUCUCAUUCGGUGCUUUGCAUUGCACAUGCAACAAGAGACAAGGCGUCGAACCGGAAAGAAGUGUGGGUACAUUGACCCACAGCUGAUGACGGUGACAUUUAUGCUGACAGCUAGAGAUAGCUUGAAUACCCGCAAAAAAAAAUCAUCUCCUGUAGAAGAAACGCUUGACGUGGAAGCUGAGACGCAGGACGCCCCCGUCGAAGGUGCACUUGAACGGUUGAACCCACCCUUCCGCGAGCGCUCCCACUCCCUGUUCACGAUCCUGAACGCGACGUCCUCGUACGGCCGCCCCGCGUGGAACCUGACGAUGCAGGUCCCGCCGCUCCCGCCGCCGUCCUCCUCGACGGCGCACGGCGGAGGUUUUGCGCCGGCGGCGAGUUCGGGGUAG